CCAUCAAGCUGUUAUUCGUUUCUGCAUCAUGAAGCCUCAGCCUGGCACAUCUCUGGAGCUCAUCAACGACGUCACAGAUACAAUAUAUGAGCUCUGAGUGGUCACCAUGGACACCGACAGCUUGACCUCAAGCCCAGCUCCAACUGAAUGGGUGGGCACAGUGGGGAGUCUGGAGGGAAUGGGAGUCCUUCUGGAGCAGGGAGGAGAAGUUGCAUCCAGCAGUCUGGCACACUGGUACACACCCUACUCACUGGGCUUCCAGGUAUCGCUGAUUGUCUUCCUCAUGCUGGAGUUAGUGUUGGGUUUCAGUAGCAACCUGACUGUGCUGGUACUCUACUGCUCUCAAUCCAAUUUAGUGGAUUCUGUGAGCAACAUGGUGACUGUCAACCUGCACAUUCUGGAUGUAGCAGUGUGUGUGCUUUGUCUGCCCCUCACUCUAGUGGUUGUGCUGCUGCCUCCAGGACCCAAUCUUGCCCUGGUCUGCUGCUUCCAUGAAGCCUGUGUUACUUUUGCCAGCAUUGCCACAGCUAUCAACAUCCUGGUGAUUAGCUUGGACCGCUAUGAUAUCUCAGUGCGGCCAGCUAACCGGCUGCUGACGACACGCAGAAUGAUGCUGCUCCUGGCUGCUGUUUGGGUCACCUCUAUAGCUGUAUUUUUUAUCCCAUUUUUGGAGAUGCAGUGGUUCAGUGUUGAAGGGGCAGAAGAGAGCAGCCUCAUAGAACAGAUGUCUUUUCCUACCCGCGGCGUAAGCGCCACAGUGGCACCAAUAUGGCUUAACCAGUCACUCCUGUGUGUGGGUGGGCAGGGACAUCAGAUGGGCUUGGGCAUGCACUACCAUCUUAUCCUGCAGGUGCCCAUCUUCUUCACUACAGUGGCAGUCAUGCUCUUCACCUACUCCAGAAUACUAAGGGCUUUAAACAUCCGCAUUGGCUCCCAUGUGAGGAAGAACCAGCACUUUCGGGGUCCCUCUUCCAGAGGGUGCCAUAAGAGACAGAAAAGUAUGAAGACUGGGAUCAGAAUGGUAGAAGGAGGAGAGCAGUGCACCACGGAUGGCACCAAACAACUUAAUCACCCUCCCCUCAUCCCUUCCCCAUCCCGCACGCCCACGGCGACCUCCCCUCCAGGCCUGUCCUCACCUGCUCCGCUGGUCACCUCGGACACAGGUGCUGCCACUCACGUGCCGGCUACCGUGGGUGUCCAGGCAUCUGUAUCAGCGAUCAUUGCCUUGCGGCGGGCGGUGCGACGACAUCGGGAUCGGCGAAAGCGCCAGCAGAGGGUGUUCCGGAUGUCCCUCAUCAUUAUCACCACCUUCCUGUGCUGUUGGGCUCCUCUUUCUGUCACCAAUGUAUUAAUCCUUGGCAUAGGUCCAAGUGACGCUCUGGUCAGCUUACGUCUCUGGUUCUUAGCUCUGGCGUAUGGCACCACCAUCUCCCACCCCCUGCUCUAUGCCUUCACCCGUCAGAAGCUGCGCCGUGCCCUCCGCGCAAAGGUAAAAAAGAGGGUGGUGUCCCUACUACAAGUAGACCCAUCACCAGGGGGCACUGUGAUACACAACUCUUGGGUGGAGAACAGGAAAACAAGUCGGCCGGUGCAACUGGAAGCUAGCGACGGUACCGACCGCUGCCUGGCAGAAGCUCUGUGAUACUGACACACGUGACAGACACAUAAUUAAAACUCUGAAUGGAGACACAGCUGUGUUCUAUUAGGAACCUCACUAAUGCCUGCAGCCUGUGUAAGAAAAGUGAAAAACAAAUGUUCACCUCUGGGAAAGCUCGCGGUAUCAAAACACCUCAGCAGCAGCGAAAAGAGCAAUGCUGUAACUAUUGUGCAACAAUGAAAAUCAAAGAAUGGCAUGUGCACACUGUAUUUUACACUGUAAUAUAUGAAUGUCUCAGCGUACACAUGGUGAAGUCUGUGACAGAUCACAGCAGUGCUUACAUAACGUGUUCAUCCAGCAGAUGAUCUGAUCUGCUGCCCACGCCGACGCUCUGAGGCAGCUUUAAAGAAAAACACAAAAACGUGACAGACUUCACGCGCAUCAAUCCACAAUCUGAAUGUAUACAUUGUUACUUCAGCCUUAGUUCUGCUCUGACCAUUUGGGAGGUGUUUCAUAUGGGGAAAAUAAUGAGAAGACACACACAGGUGUGUGUCCACAGAGAGACAAAUGACAAAGGCAAGUUUGAAACAUAAAGAAAUGCAAUUUUCUUUAUCUUAGCAACAACUGUUUUUAAUAAUAAAAUAUUUCAGUAUUAAUGUGAAAUGCUUCCUAGUGUAAAAGCAACACUUUUACUGUCAUCUGUUGUGUAGCUUUGAUGCACACAUUGUACAAAGAGCAAAGGAAACUUUUCUUGUGAUUUUUUCCUUUUUGCAAGAACACAGGUUUAGCUGGUACUUUGAAAUAUCUGACUUUAUUGGACACGGGUCAAAGUAUAGGCGAUACACAAAAUAAAAAAGUACGACAUAACACAAACAGCACAUCUCCACACACCAUGGGAACAGAAAUCACCAUGGAGACAAAUCAACAAACACUUAGAUGUAUGAUCUUCUUAGCAGUUGUAUUUAUUUUAGAGCUACAGUGCAAUUAAACUGUGU